CUGGUUCCGUCGGCCGUUAUCGGCGAAUUCACCGCCAGAGCACGGCCGUUAAUUAAAUUCUGUCACCGGAGUGUCACGGAACACACACUUAGCCCCAUAUGGCAUCCGGGGACAUCACUUUUGCGGUUGGUUUUGCGACUGUCAUGCUUCUUUCGCGCUCACGGUCUGUCAGGUCAGAUUUUGGAGACUUGCCCUUUCGGGCAGCGGAUCUCCCCAGACCUUGUGAGGCAAGGCAGCCCCGUGAGCAUCCUGGGACGCGUCAUGAGUUGAAACGCACCCACGCAUUGAACGGACGGGGUGGCACCGCUUCACGAACUUGAACACACCAUUCUGCACCAUGAUGAUUCUUGCCUAGUGGUCCUUGUUCUUUUUUGGCUAUUUUCACCGCUCGGCUAAUGCGCAGACAGGCUGUGUGUCUAUCUCCGAAGAUCGAAUCGACAUCAGGGCCGGCAGUAAUUGGCCCACGCGAAGCGCUGCAUAAAGCCAAGGCUCUCUGCAAGCGUUCAGCCACAGACCAAACAGCAGCCUCGACCCAGGCGCGCAGACACACUCCACCCUAAAACCGCGCCCGACGUAUAUUGUCAAUACCCGACACAUGGCCUGGUCGCACCGUGGAUCCACGCCCGAAUCAGCCUCCUCCUCCUCCCGAUCGCCAACCCCGGGUUCGCCGUUCUCUGAUAGCUCCGCCGGGUCCUCCCGCUCGUUCCGGGGCCGCACGGAUCGGCCGAAAGCCAGCACGGCCACGCAGGAGGUGCUCGACAAUGUCCUGCGCGUGCGGAAGACGUGGAAGACGCAGCGGGGCGGCGAAUGCGUUUGGCCGCCGGAUCUGGAGGCGGCAUUGCUCGAGGGCCUAGAAAAAUACGAGCCCCGGGACUCUCGCGAAACGCGGCUCCUCGGACGCUUCCCUCGGCGAAACCGAUUUAUAUCGGACUACAUCUACGAAAAGACAGGCAAGCGACGGUCGCCGAAGCAGGUCGGGAGCCGCCUGCAGCAGAUGCGGGAGUCGUGCGGAGGUGAACGACUGCUGCAGCUGCUCUCGCCGUUCGGGGCAUCCUCGGCGCGCUCGCCCACGCCGCAUUCGUCCGCGUCGUCGCCGUCCAGCAGCCCGCUUUCGUUACCCCGUCUCCCGCCGCCCGCCGUCGAGCUCGGGCAGGACUGUGUGCCGGAUGCGGUCAUGUACAUCGAUCUGAUUGGCCCCGCCGACCCGUUCCGCUGGACAGAGGAGCCGGAGGACGGCCUCGUCGGCCUCGUCGGCGCGGCGCAACCGCGCCGCAUCGAGGACAUCAACCCGACGGUGUCGUUCACGUCGCUCUCGUCGAUGGACGCGUACUCGUGCUUCACGGUGCGCGCCGAGGGCCGCGUGCUGCACGCCGAGACGGCGCCGCUGAUGCAGAUCGGCACGUCGCCGGCCGGGGUGGGCUACAUCUACAGCACGGCGCUGGUGCCCAAGUACUGGCGCGUUAUCCUGGGCUGUCCUGAUCCGACCCGCUUCACUAUCACCCACCUAGUCGUCCAGCACCAGGGCGCCGAGGUGCUCUUUUCUACGAGAUACCAGUUCAGAUAUCGAGCGCCGCAGCGCGUGUCCCUCCCGGCCUUCGCUCUCCCGACUGCAGUGUUUGACGGCUCCCCCGAGAGUCUGGGCCUGGCUCAGCCGUACGACGCUUUCGCGGGAGGACCCAUCCCGGACCUGUGGAACGGCGAGGCGUUGAGCGAGCCGCAGCCGCUCAUGCCGUGGGGGUCGUUCUUCGACGGCACGGGGUUCGACAUGGGCCUGGCCAGCCGGGUCUUCGAAGCCACCUCGCACUUGUCCGCCGCCUCCUCAGCGCCGAUGCUUCCCUAUAUUCUGUGAUCUUCUGUGCUCAUUCUGCUCCAGACUCUAUACCCGCUUCCGAUGCAUCUGGAACGUUCCGCAUUCGCUUCUUUACAUCUCCCUGCUGUAUCCCUAGUUGCCCCUACCCCAGUACUGUAUUGUGUAUCUCUUUCUCUUUCUCCGCGCAAAAAAGUGCAUCGAACCCGCAUCAUCCCUUUCGCGCGAUCAGUUCGGAUUCGAGGUCAUUGUGAAUUCGUGCAACUCCGUCCGCUUCUCUCGCGUCGGUUCGCGUCGGUAAUCAGCCUCGCGAUUAUGUAGUUCUCUCGGAGGAAGGUCUGGCGGGACGGCCCUUCCAUCUCGUAUCAGUGCCGACGAAUUGCCGCUGGGUGACCAAGUAUGCUGGGAGGCUGCGGACCGAUAGGACAUCGCCCGUCGCUCAGCACCGGUGUAAAACAAAGUUGGUGCCACCGUCCCUGACUGCUGAGGCCCUCCGCAUGAUGGGAACGCGCUUCUCGCGGAUUGAAUCCAUCAGAGCUGGUCCCCCCAUAGUUUAGAGAGGUAGGUUCGAUAAAAUGAUGAUGCAGCUGCGGCCGGGUUGCAAUGGCGCGAACCCCCGCUCGACGCAGUCUGGGAGGCUCUCUUCUCGAGCCGCGCCGCGGGAUGCCUCGCAAGAAACAGGUCCACCGCGCCUGAGUGGAACGUGGAAGGGACGGUGAGCACGGCGAGCGCCGGCAGCCGCAGAUUGUCCAUAACAUCGCACAUGAGCCGCGCGCCAUCUGCCGUGGCGGCCCAUCCGGGGUCCACCACCACCUCCACGGUCAGGCGCGAGACGCGCUGGGGAUCCACAUGCACGACGGCGCACUCCCGGCCCGCGCGCAGAUGCAGCGCGUACAGCACCGAGCGGACCGCAGCCGCCUCCGUGCCCCACGGCGCGUGCGCGACGUUGCGAUCGGCGGUGCCUCCGGGGCCAGGCGCGAGGUCCGAUACGUGGAACCCGCGCCACGCGCGCGCGAGCCACGAGUACGGGCCGGAGACGCGGAGUGAUUCGCGCGCCGCGACGGCCACGCGCCCGUUCUUGACGCGCGCGGCGAACGUGCGCACGAGCUCGUAGAUCGCGUCGAGUGCGGUGGAGGCGGUGUCUUCGGCGAUGUGCAGGGACAGCCUGACGUCUGCUAUCCUGGGAUGGCGCGCGACGACCUUCUGGAUCCCCCACAACCCCUCCAGAACAUCGGCGGGAUGGAAGGUGCAUUCGAUGGAGGACACGUUUUCGUACUCGAAGACGCGGGAGAGGCGGACGACCUUGAGAGAGGGCGUGUCCAGCUGGAGCUCGGUGGACGAUGGGUCGUCUUGGCAGUAGAAGGCCGACGGGACGCCGCUCUGCUGGAUGAAGGACCGGAUGCAUAUGUCGUUCAAUUCCCAACAGACACGCGAAACCAGGACGAGGGUGGACAAAGGCAGAUCAUCCAGGAUGAGGAGCCACAGCUCGGUGGGGAGCACAGGGAACGGACCUCGCAUCCAUCUGCGCACGGCCGGGAUGAGGGCGCCAAUGGCAUGCAUGAGGGUAUGGGCAAAGCGGGGUCUCGCCGUCGCCGGAUGGCGGUAGUCCGCCACGCCUCCUCGCGACACAGCCUUUGAAGCUGUCGACAUGCGACGAUCGUCGAUCAGGCCCAGGCCUCAGGUACGAUUCGCGUCGCCACGGCUGAGGACUCUUGUCUUGCCUCUAAAAACUGCAGCAGCGGCUUUCGCUUCCUCGUACGCUCGAUGGGAGAGACGCGAAGCUGCAGCCGGGGGUCGAAUCGUAGCGGUUGAAUUUAUAUCGUAGUGGGCCGAGUCCCUUUUGGUCCCUCACAUUGAAAUUCGUAUGAAUUUU